GAAAAGAAAAAAGCUGACGCGUGGAUUUCAGCUUCACUCCCACCCGGACGAGUGUGAAAAUUAAUGUUUCAUUAAAAUAUUAACCAGGUCGUUCGCUUUAUUUUGAAAUCUCCUGCACAAGAUCUCAUUUCCUGCUGUUCAGCUCAGGUCGUUCGGGCAAACCUGGUCACGUGGUAGAAAGUGGCAAGAGGACGGGAUCAUUUAUCAAAGUUUAAGGUUAUAUGUGUGACUUUGUCCUCAGGGAGAUUCCCCUUCCUCCUCCUCCUCCUCCUCUUUACCUGCACGAUAAGUCAACACCUUCAGUCGUGGAGAGGAUGUCCAACCUGCCGGAUGUUCCUGCUCCGCGUAAAUUCCACUGGAUCCAAGAAGGAAGCGAGGACACCUUUAGCGGCUUGGAGUUCAGAAGUUUAGUUCUGGUUUCGUCCGAUGAGAAGAUUUCAAAGUGUUAAAGACACAAAGAAGAAACAUGUUUUCCUUCCUGCGCUCAGGCAGAAACCCCGCUCCUGAGCAGAUCCACAUUACCUCGCUACCUCCCAGUAUUCCCACAGACCAGGAGCCAGAGCAAGCUGAAGGACAAGCGGAUGACGUGGUUGAAGAGAAAGGGGUGAUCCAGACCACAUACACUCACAGAGUACACUCCACACCCUCGGUCUUCCUCCAGAAUCACAAUGAUGAGCCUGUUUCCAGCACUUACUUUGAUGAGAAAGUCCCUGUCCCUGAGGAGGACGGCGAGAGGUGGAUAAGUCUCCGCAAGCUCUGGGCCUUCACCGGCCCGGGGUUUCUGAUGAGCAUAGCCUACCUGGAUCCAGGUAACAUCGAGUCUGACCUGCAGUCAGGUGCCAAAGCUGGCUUCAAGCUGCUCUGGGUGCUGCUGGGUGCCACCAUCGUCGGCCUGCUGCUGCAGAGGCUGGCGGCUCGGCUAGGCGUGGUCACCGGGAUGCACCUGGCUGAAGUCUGCAACCGCCAGUACCACACUGUGCCUCGUAUCAUCCUGUGGGUGAUGGUGGAGCUGGCGAUCAUCGGCUCAGACAUGCAGGAGGUCAUCGGCUGCGCCAUCGCUUUCAACCUCCUCUCCUCUGGCAGGAUCCCCUUAUGGGGGGGUGUCCUCAUCACCAUCACUGACACGUUUGUCUUCCUCUUCUUGGACAAGUACGGUCUGAGAAAGCUGGAAGCCUUUUUUGGUUUCCUCAUUACAAUCAUGGGGAUCACAUUUGGAUAUGAGUAUGUAACAGUGGGUCCAGACCAAGGCCAGCUGCUGAAGGGGAUGUUUGUGCCGUACUGCGAGGGCUGCGGACCCGUCCAGCUGACUCAGGCCGUCGGCAUCGUGGGCGCCGUCAUCAUGCCUCACAACAUUUACCUCCACUCUGCUCUCGUCAAGUCUCGAGAAGUAGAUCGGUCAAACAAAAAAGAGGUAAAAGAGGCCAACAAAUACUUCUUCAUCGAGUCGACCGUCGCACUGUUUGUCUCUUUCCUCAUCAAUGUGUUUGUGGUGGCCGUCUUUGCUGAGGCUUUCUAUCAGCGCACAAAUGAAGAGGUGUUCAAUGUCUGUAAUCAAACAGGCAGUCCGCAUUUAGACCUGUUCCCUCUGAAUAAUGAAACUCUCAAGGUGGACAUCUACAAAGGGGGAGUGGUGCUCGGCUGUUUCUUUGGCCCAGCUGCUCUCUACAUAUGGGCCGUGGGGAUCCUUGCAGCUGGUCAGAGCUCCACCAUGACUGGAACAUACUCCGGCCAGUUUGUCAUGGAGGGCUUCUUAAACUUGCGCUGGUCACGUUUCGCUCGGGUGUUGCUGACCCGCACGCUUGCCAUCAUGCCCACCCUGCUCGUGGCCAUCUUCCAGGACGUGCAGCACCUGACGGGCAUGAAUGACUUCCUGAACGUGCUGCAGAGCAUGCAGCUGCCAUUUGCCCUCAUUCCCAUCCUCACGUUUACCAGUUUGCCAUCUCUCAUGAACGAGUUUGCCAAUGGACUAGUAUUUAAGAUAGGAGGCGGAGUGGUGAUCUUGAUCGUGUGUGCCAUCAACAUGUACUUCGUCGUAGUCUACGUGAGCAUGCUGGGCAGCGUGUGGCUGUACGUGCUGUCGGCUUUCCUGUCCAUAGCAUACCUGGUGUUUGUGGGAUACUUGGUGUGGUUAUGUCUGAUCGCUCUGGGGGUGUCCUGGCUCGAUCCGAGCACCAGGAGAGGGAACGACACGACCAUCCUGAUCCAGCGGCAGCCUGAGUUUGACUCAUGACAUUCGCGUCAAAGGUGCAUCUGUGGACAACCUGACUGACUGUGUUUAGCUCCAGAUGAAGUCUUAUUUAGUCCCAAGUUAUUUAUACGAGAUGUUUGUUGGCUUUCAGAUGAACUUUGACGUUUGGUUGGUGCUGUACAGAUUUUUUUUUUUAGUAAUGAAGAAACAAAUUUAUUUGUCACUGUAACUUUAUUAAAAGGUAACAUGCUGAUUGUGAAAAGCUUAGGUGAAUUUUAAAGAUUGACAGGUUUACAGACGUCUGAUGUUUAUAAUCAUUUUUUGAAGGACUUAAUAUGACAGAAAACAUGUCAGGACUUUUUUAAGAAACCAAACAGACUGAAUCCCUGUGAAGAAGAUUUACAAAUGAUACCCAGGCUUUUAAAAUCAGUGGUUUCAUGUUCAGGAGGGAGUUUUAAAGUUUUAAAGACAAAUUCAUGUCUUGAAAAAUGCCUUUCAACAACAAGGCAGUGACGUGCUGGAUUUCAGCAGACAUAUUUUAUUUUUACAGCUCACUAUCACACAUUUGCUCAAGAAGCUUCAGAAUCUCAGCAGCAUACGGAAUCUUCUGACAUGCAGCAGAGAUAAGGAGAAACUUCCCCAAAUACAGGAAGUCGCUAAAAAAAAAGAGGUCAGGAAGAGCCGCUGAGGAAGGAUCCAGGAUGUUAUGCUCAGAAAAGCAACAGUGCAGACUUCCAAUGUGAACAACUGAGAUGACAAAAUUAGACCUUAAACGUCUGAAGAAACUGAAUUUAUCGGAGAGGUGUUAAGACGUGAUGAAAAAAAGAAAUAUAAAAAUAAAUGAAGUAACAAAAUCAGCUAAAAUUGCACUAAUAUAAUUAAACAGGAGAAUAACGUGUAAGUUAUUAAUAAACAGACUCAAUUUUUGUUCUUAAAUGGCGCUAGAAGUGUGCAAAAACAAAGUUUUCUGGAAGUUCAUUUACAAACGCUAAAGACCGCUUCAAUCCAAGAAAUACAGUAAACAAACAUUUUUUGGUUUGGUUACAUUUUUUUGUAUUUUGAGCUAAUUGAAUUCAAACUGCAGUUUCUCGUUCAGCCACAGGGAGGUGUUGCAGGCUUCAGGAGAGACUUCUCAUUUACAGUAAACAUUUCACUACCACAGCUUACAGCAUAACACAUUAAAGGACAUGCAGGCUUACAUCAUGCCCAUGUGCAGUCACCAAAAGCAGCGUUACUGUGUGAGACUAAAUGAAUGCUGAGCGCUGAGACUCGCUGCUGCUGCUGCUGCUGCUGCUGCUGCACAUGCCUGUGGUGGUAUGUCAGAAGAGUUGCAACUUAUUGUGCAACUGAGAGCCAAACACUGCUUGUUUCACUGUUUGAAUUCCAGUGCUGAAGUGCUUCGGCUUUGCGAGCUGAGCUGAGGCGGAUGAACAGGUUUUUCUUUGCAUUGUGGCGGGGAACUUUUUUUUUUUCCCUCUCUUUCUCUCUCUCUCUCUCUCCCUGUCAUGGAGGCAGACUUAUGUAAGAGGGGAGAGUCUUCCCACCGCCCCUCUCUGUUUUUGUUUUUCUCAAUGAGCCAAUGUCUCCCUGCCUAGGCCUCACAGCCUGUCCAGUAGGCCCCUUUCCUGGAAACAUAGCCUAGCAGAGGCCACUCAGGGGCAGGCCUGUGAGGUGGGAGGGUGGGGUGGGGGGGCUCUUCCAGCAAAUCACAUGAUUUGACCCUACAGUCAUAGCUCUACAUGAGGCUCAGAUGCUGCAAGCACAUUUCAGCAGCCAGUUUGUCAUCAGCAUGAUUGGAUGCGGCUUUAAUGCAUGGCAGAGUGCAUGAGGCUGUAAGUAGACUCCGUGCAUCCCCAGGUGUGACAUUUUUGAAGUAGAAACACAACAUCUAAAGGACAGUGUGUGUGUGUGUGUGUGUGUGUGUGUGUGUGUGUGUGUUCUUUAAAGACAGUUAUGUCAUUUAUUUUUAUGUUGUUGGCCUUAAUGCCAAAAUAAACUUGAUGAACAGUUUUGCAGAGAUUAAAAAAAUAUAUUUUAGUAUUUGAUUAUGCUCACCAUGAUAUUUAAAAAUGUAAUAUUGAUAGAGUGUCAAUAAUGCACAUGUGAUAAUAAUUGUUUUUUUUGUGUGCCAUUUCCACAGCGAUGGUUACAGACUCUCCUUUUGUAGUCUUUGCACUUAUUUUAAGUUGAAGUUAUUUGCCAUAGAUUAACAUUGUAGCUAUUUUUCUCUCUGUAUAUAUUGCAAUAAUAUUGAUUCAGUCUGACAAUAAUUGUUAAUUGAAAAUCCAUUAUUGUGACAGCCCUACUUGAUGGAAAUUCAGUGAUGUGUUUCAUCCAAUCUAAAGCUGAUGCAUCGAGCUUCUUUAUUGUGUGUUUGUCUUUUAUAUUUCCAGUUACGUUGCUGUUAGAGCAGUGGUUCUCAUUCUCAAAGUGGGGUCUGGGUUCGUAGCCAUGAAGCAGUCUUUGCCUUCCCAGUAGAUACAUCUCUGGUGUUAAACCAAAAUCAUUCAGUUCUAAUGCUGAAAACCUGCAUUUAAAAAUGAUCAAACUUACACAAAACUUCAGUUUCAUCAAUUUAUCUCGACUGUUUUGGCCAAUAUUAGAACACAGUUGAUGUUACUAAAAUAAUCAUUUGCUUUGAAUUAGUUAAUUGACCUCCAUUAUAUAAUAAAGAACACAAAGAUGUGAACAUUUACACCAUCCAAACAAAUAUCUUGUGCCCUUUACUCCCACUCAUUUCAAAUAUGAGCCAGCAGAAGCUCUGAUAUGUUGUGACACAUUAUGCCACGUGUCUGACGUAGAAAGGCUAAAAAUAAUUCCCACGUAGUAAUUUAAAUACUAGCAGGAUUAAAAGGGGGUUCUGGGAAAUGUUUCCAAGAACGCCCUGGUCCCCGGCCCCCAAAAGGUUGAGAACCAGUGUGUUAGAGGUUAAAAAGUCACUGAUUGAUUUUUUUGUUUUUGGACAAAUCUUUUGAUUACCCUCGUUAUGGUAGAAAGCACCGUAGUGUUUUUAUCACUGUGGCUCACCAGAACUCGCUGUUUUAAUGAGUUUCAAUUAUUAAAAUCAUUAACUGUGUUAUUGAAUUGUAAACAAAAAGCUCCACACUGGGGGGGGGGGUAGAAAAUGCAAUAAACACUAACAUGGCUUCACAUGUUGACUUUAAAAAAAUGCACGGGUGCACUUAUUGCUCUUAAGUGGUUGCGCUUUGGUCCCGUUAGAGCACUGGAAGAUUGGUGGAGGGUUACGCCUGCAGCACCCCCUCAACCCUUAGCCCUUUUAACAGCUGCUGACCCCGCUGCUCUUUUGCUGUCUUGGAGAGGAAUACCAGAAGAUGAGGGCAGCAGAACGCAGGCACUGAUAAUGAAUUUCAAGUUGAUUUAGUAAACAGUGGCAUCAGCUUUAAACCACAUGACAUUUUCCAGCUGUGCGGCCCGUACUUGUUUUGUAUAUAUUUUUACACCGAGCUGUCAGUGCUGCCUUAAAAUGUCCCACACCAGGAAUGCAAACAGCGGGGCCAUUCUUGUUUAUGUCUUGCAUUGUGGCCGCUGUGGGCACUGGCUGAGCUCGUGGUAUAAUGGGCCCACAUGUGUUUGGAAUGGACCGUCUCAGCUGUGUAGUUAUUCCUUUUAUUAACAAGCUGCUUCUCCGUUUCUUCCUACAGGUUUACGGUCUGUGCCGCUUUCAGUGUGCUUUACAUGUGUGUUUCGUGUGGUUAAAUAUAGCAGAUAUGUGCUGUUGCUUAAUUUCACACCAUAUUUGCUUACUGUAUGCUGCAGGGGAGAGGAUCACUUUGAUUUACUCAGAGGUCUUUGAGCUUUCAGAGGAUGAGGAGGAGGCACUCUGCAGAACCUCCACACUGUAAAUAUAAAUAUCUGGGGACCCGAUGGUUGACCACAUUGCCUAACAUCAUGUCAAACCCACUUCUGUUUAUUUGAGCAAGGUCAAACAAAUGUGUUGUAGUUCCAGCUGCUCAGAAAAUCGCUAUACUCGGUGUAGUGAAAAUGAUUAUAUAACACACAGGAUUUGUCUGCAGUUCAAUGCAACUUAUUCAAAUGAAAAACAACUACAACCACAACUGUUUGUGAUUUUUUUUUUUUUCCCCUCCCUCCCGGAUGAAUAAGUGGAUGUAAAGACAGAUAGCUUUAUUAAAUGCCACGCUGCACGACUCUAUUCCUAUAUGAUGCAACCAUCCUGCAAUGUUUAUGAGCAGCAGCCUCAUGCUAAAGUACAGUAACUGCAGUACAGACUGAGUGCGUUAUUGCGCAAAUGUUCAGUGAUUGCCAUAACACAGUGGCUCCCAGGG